UUUCUUCUCUACAAACUUAAUUAGUUUUGAUCAUUUUAGUGCAGAAAUGGGUUAUGUAAAACUUGUAUUUUUCAUGCUAUAUAUCUUUCUCUGCCAACUUGCUUUCUCGUCAUCCUCACCUCAUUUGUGCCCCAAAGAUCAAGCUCUUGCUCUUCUGCAAUUAAAGAACAUGUUUACCAUUAAUCCUAAUGCUUCUGAUUAUUGUUUCAACAUAACAGGCCAAGUGAUUCAGUCAUAUCCAAGGACUCUUUUAUGGAACAAGAGCACGGAUUGUUGUUCAUGGGAUGGAGUUCAUUGUGAUGAGACGACAAGACAAGUGAUUGAACUUGAUCUCCGUUGCAGCAAACUUCAAGGCAAGUUUCAUUCCAAUAGUACCCUCUUUCAACUCUCCAAUCUCAAAAGGCUUGAUUUGUCUCUUAAUAAUUUCUCUGGAUUGCUCAUUUCACCUAAAUUUGGUGAGUUCUCUAACUUGAAGCAUCUUGAUUUGUCACGUUCAAGUUUUAAAGGUAUAAUCCCUUCCGAAAUCUCUCACCUUUCUAAACUACAUGUUCUUCAUAUAUGGCACAGCAUGGGUGAUCUAUAUGAGCUUAGUCUUGGGUCUUACAAUUUUGAACUGCUCGUUAAGAACUUGACCGAAUUAAGAGAACUCCAUCUUUAUUCUGUGAACAUCUCUUCCACUAUUCCUUCAAAUUUCUCUUCUCAUUUAACUACUCUACAGCUUUCAAACACACAGUUACAUGGGAUAUCGCCCAAAAGAGUUCUCCACCUUUCCAACUUAGAAUCCCUUGAUUUAUCAUAUAAUCCCCAACUCAUUGUUAGAUUUCCCACAACCAAAUGGAAUAGCAGUGCAUCACUCAUGGAGUUAUAUUUCCAUGGUGUGAGUAUUACUGGUAAGAUACCUGAAUCAUUUAGCCAUCUAACUUCACUUCAUCAGUUGGACAUGGGUUAUUCUAAUCUCUCAGGGCCUCUUCCUAAACCUCUAUCGAACCUCACCCACAUAGAGAAUUUGUACCUUCAUAAUAACCAUCUUGAAGGACCAAUUUCUCAGUUCUCGAUAUUUGAAAAGCUCAAGUACUUGUCACUUCGAAAUAACAACUUUGAUGGACGACUUGAGUUCUUAUCCUUUAACCGAAGCUGGACUCAACUUGAAUUUUCAGAUUUUUCGUCCAAUUACCUAACUGGUCCAAUUCCAUCCAAUGUAAGCCAAUUGCAAAAUCUAAAAUAUCUCUAUUUGUCAUCAAACUACUUGAAUGGGACUAUACCUUCCUGGAUAUUCUCCCUUCCUUCACUGACAGAGUUAAAUUUGAGCAGUAAUACUUUCAGUGGAAAAAUUCAGGAGUUCAAGUCCAAAACAUUACAUAUCGUUACUCUAAAACAAAAUAAGCUGGAAUGUCCUAUUCCAAAUUCCCUCCUAUACCAGCAAAGCCUACAAGUACUUCUCCUUUCACACAAUAAUAUCAGUGGACAUAUUUCUUCAGCUAUCUGCAAUUUGAAAACAUUGCAAGUGUUAGAAUUGAGAAGUAAUAAUUUGGAGGGAACAAUCCCACAAUGUUUGGGUGAGAUGAGUACAGUUCGGAUUUUGGAUUUAAGCAACAAUAGUCUUAGUGGGACAAUUAAUACAACUUUUAGUAUUGGAAACCAACUCUACAUCAUUAAAUUGAAUGGCAAUAAGCUACAGGGGAAAGUUCCACCAUCUUUGAUCAAUUGUGAAAUAUUGGAAUUUCUAGAUUUAAGUAACAAUGAGUUGAAUGACACGUUUCCAAAAUGGUUGGGAGACCUACCUCAUUUGCAGAUCUUAAAUUUGAGAUCAAACAAGUUCUAUGGUCCAAUAAGGACUGGCAACUUGUUUGCUCAAAUUCAAGUCAUAGAUCUCUCAUCCAAUGGAUUUAGUGGAGUGUUACCGGUGAGCCUCUUUCAGAAUUUUCAAGCCAUGAAAAAAAUUGAUGAGAGUACAAGAACCCCAGAGUAUGUUUCUGAUGAAUUUGCUGGUUAUUAUGAUUAUUUGACGACAAUUACAACAAAGGGACAGGAUUAUAAUUCUGUUCGAAUUUUGGAUUCUAACAUGAUUAUCAAUCUCUCAAAGAACAGAUUUGAAGGUCAUAUUCCUAACAUUAUUGGAGAUCUCGUUGGACUUCGUACCUUGAACUUAUCUCAUAAUGUCUUGGAAGGUCAUAUACCAGCAUCAUUGCAAAAUAUAUCUGUACUCGAAUCAUUGGAUUUCUCAUCUAACAAAAUCAGCGGAGGAAUUCCACCACAACUUGCAUCCCUCACAUUUCUUGAAGUCUUAAAUCUAUCUCACAAUCAUCUUGUUGGAUGCAUCCCCAAAGGAAAACAAUUUGAUACGUUUGAGAACAGCUCAUACCAAGGAAAUGAUGGAUUACGAGGAUUGCCACCCUCAAGAGAUUGUGGACGUGAUGAUACGGUAGCACAAGCGACAAUUCCAGUUGAGCUAGAUCAAGAAGAAGAAGAAGAUUCACCAAUGAUCAGUUGGCAGGCGGUUUUCAUGGGUUAUGGUUGUGGUCUAGUUAUUGGACAGUCUGUAAUAUACAUAAUGUUGUCAACUCAAUAUCCAACAUGGUUUUCGAGGAUGGUUGUAAAAUUGGAACAAAGAAUUGUUACGAGAAUGAAAAGGCACAAGAAAAGAUAUUGGUGUGUAGCGACCUCCACGUAUUCAACUUGAUCUUUAUCCUUCAAAGAUUUUUUUUUUAUAUAUCGAUGUAAUUUCUACCUACUUCAUCCUUAAAGCUCUUAACUUUAAUUCUUCAUUUCUGAAAAUUGCAGGAUUCAAGCCUACUGAGUUGCAGAUAAAAGUCUUUAUUUU